UCCAGAGACCCGCUCCCCAGGGAGCCCCUGCUAACAGCCCAGCGCCUGCUGGCAAUGCCCAGCUGAAAACAAGCUCAUUUAGGGAGACGCACAGGGCUGCCCCUAGCAGUGGCAUAGCCCCAUGCUAGGCUGGGAGGGCAGAAUGCUUGGGAAAGAGUCUCUCCUGCUGAGCCUUGGGGCUGGGAAGCGGGAACUGGCUCCCUGAAAGUCCUGGAAUACACCAAGCUAGACAAAAGCAGGGCCUGUAAUCUCCAGUUGCAAUGGGGCUGCCCCAUUGAUCACCCCUGCUGAAUUAUCCAUCACUCUCUUGCCAGAGAACACAGGCCUAGGGGGAUCUGGCUGCCUUGUGCUGCCCCAGAGGCACCAGUCGCCUGUUUCUCCCGCAAUCAGUGAUGCAGCUCAGCCCCGGAGGAGGAGCCGAAGUGUCGCUUUCCCUUGCAGGGCUGCUCCCCGCGCACCUACAUCCCAGACAGCAAAUCCUUUUGACUAUGUGCGUCCCGCCCCGCCCGGUGCUGCUGGGGCUGGAUCUCUGGGCUGCCCUGGUGCUGUCCAGCCUACACAGCAGUGACUUGAGAGCAGGGACUCUGAGCCCAAGGCCCGACCCUGCCCUGUGGGUGCCCUUGGCAGCCGGAUGGGGCCUGCAGUGAGAAACCCCCAACUAGUACCGAGCCAGGCCUGCUUCCCUUUUUACCCCUUUGUUACAGCCUUGAAAUCUCACGCCUCUCUCUCCUCCCCUCCUCUGUUCCUUGCCCCCCUCCCUCGAAAGUCACUCUCUCCUCCCUCUCUUUCCUUCUGGCCUUCUCUCCAUUAGCUGGGCCAUCCUGCACAGACCCAUUUCCUCCUCACAUUACUGCCCCUCCAGUCCCCUCCCUUAGGGUAAUGGGGACAAAGCUCCUAAUCACCCUCAUUAAUUGUCCCCGCCCCGCUCCCCCUGACUCCCUGGGGCAUUUCUCACAAAUGGUGUCUAACUUUUCCCUUCUGUGUUUUGUUUUUCCACCGGAGCUGAUGGUGCCCCCCCAGCCUCCUGCUGAGCCACUGUUUACUCAACUGGGACAUGCUGGACACCCUGGGACCUCCUGCUCUCCCCCUUCACCAGCCCCAGCCAGGCUGGGAGGGCUAUAAAGAGCUCCUAGGACAGGCCAGACAGAGAGACCUUGCUCCUUCUUCGCCAGCUCACACCAUGGAUGCUUCUGUCCACGCUCCCCUCGGGCUGGCCGGCUGGCUCUGGGGCCCCCCAGCUGCCUGGGGCUGUGGAUGCCCUGUGCAGGGCCAAGAACAAGGCAGAAGAUUCCCACCGCUCUGGAGACCCUGGCUUCCCACUGCAAAGGACCUGUGCAGGCAGAACAGGGACCAGACAGACCCAGCCCGUGGCAGCGAGACAAUGGUGGAUGGUGGCUCUGGCAAGGCAUCAGCACUGUUCCGGCACCCCGUCAGACUCUUCUGGCCCCGCUCCAAAUCCUUCGAUUACCUGUACAGUGAGGGGGAGAAGCUGCUGGAGAACUUCCCUGUGCAAGCCACCAUCAGCCUCUAUGAGGACUCCGACAGCGAGGAGGAGGAGGAAGGCUGGGGGGAGGAAGGGCAGGCGGAGGAGUGGGGUCAGCAGGCGGAGGAGUCUGUGUUACGGCAGGAGGCAAGCUGCCAUCAGGGGCCAGCUGGGGCCAGCCAGCCAAUAAAGCUCUGUCUGAAGUGACCCCCACAGUGCCCAGCGCACCUGGGCAAGACUCGGCUGUGGGGAUAAAUGCCACCACCUUUCCCAAUGCUGCCGGUAAAGGAGCCUGCCAGAGACUCCGCCCCAAGGUUCUGAGACCCUGGCCCUUGCCGUCCUACACCGGGCUGUGUGUGUGCGGUGAUGGGGGCCAGAGGGUUGUUUGGAAGCAUUUUCAGGUCUCUCCAGCAGGGAGCACAGUUCAAACCCAGGGGCUGCAAAACUCCAAGAUGGUCCUGCGGGAGGCGAGAGGCCCCCACGCCUGUCCCAGGUGAGCAGUCAGAGCUCGGGGCAGCUGGUCUAAGUGUCUGCCAGGGAGAGGACUCUCCCAUUCCAGACUAUGACGUCCCCUGAGCAAUGCCUGCCUAGUGCUGGGGAGUGGGGCUGGGCCGAGGGCAGAGGUCAGCUUGCCCUUCUGCACCAGCCCCUUUGGGAGCCGGGUGAGGAGGUCUCAAGGAAGAAGCGUGGACAGACAACGCUGUGGGAGCUGGGCUGAGAGUGAGUGUUCCAGCCUGCUCCCCCUAACCCCGAGGGAGUGUCUGCUCCCACUCGGGGGUGCUGGUGCCCUGGUGGAGCUCAGCUGUGGCUCUGGGUUUUAGUCUGUGUGUUCUGGGGGUUAAUGUAUA